CUCACACUAUGGUGGCCUCUGAGGUAGUGGGGUCCUGGGACAGUCUGGCUCCUCUUCCUGGCCUGGGACCUUGGACGUUGAACAGACAAUCGGCCCAGAAACCUAAGGCCAGGACAAGGGCUCUACGAAGUGGACCCUGGUUUUGGGAACCGGUGCAGUGAGAUGUGGGAGCAACAGCCUGACUGUCUCCUGUCCCGGGAUAUGGACUUUGAGGACGUGGCCAUUGCCUUCUCUCAGGAGGAGUGGGGGCUCCUUGAUGAGGCUCAGAGACUUCUGUACUGCGAUGUGAUGCUGGAAGUGUUUGCACUUGUCUCAUUCGUAGGUUGUUUACAUGAAACAGAUGAGGAGGCCUGUUCUGAGCAGAGUUUAUCUGUACAAGGAGAGUCACAGCUCAGGGCUUCUAAGACAGAGCCAGCAACCCGGAGGACCCAUCUUUGUAAGCAGUGUUUCUCAGUGUUCAAAGCUAUUCUGUACCUGACUCAGUCACAAGCAGCAGACUUUGAGCAGAAAGCAUUCUUCAGUGAGGCAUGUGUGAGAGACUUCUGUUUCAGUGAAAACCCUCACCAGCAGCAGAGGGAAGCCAGUGGAGAGAAGCCCUGGAGAGAAGCUGUGGAUAGGGCCUCGUUUGUGACCACGUGCAGCUUCCGAUCUUGGGUGCCUUAAACCAAAAGAAAGGUUGGGAAAGUCUCCCCAGGCAUCUCAGGGCUUCUCCAGCACCAGGUAACUCUCAACAUUGGGGAGCCAUACAGUGCAAGUGAGAUUUCACUGGAAUUUGUCUGUGGAAAAAGUCAUCACAAUUGGGGUGGACAUGAAAACGCUGCCAGCAACAGCGGGAAAGUCAUUCGACCUCAGAGUGUCUGCUUUGAAGAAGUGAAUGAUGAGGGUAACACAUUUGGGAAAGUUUCUACACGUAUAUUUAACCUCAAUCGGCAAAAGAGAGUUCAUACUAGAAAAAAGCUCUAUGAGUGUACUGAUUGUGGGAAGUUCUUUAGAGAAAGCUCUUCCCUCAUUCAACACAGGAGAGUUCACACUGGAGAAAAGCCCUAUGAGUGCACUGAUUGUGGGAAGUUCUUCAGGCAAUGCUCUACCCUAACUCAACACAAGAGAGUUCACACUGGUGAAAAGCCCUAUGUGUGUGGUGAUUGUGGGAGGUCAUUCAGGCAUAAGUGUGGCCUCAACAGUCACCGGAGAACUCACACUGGUGAAAAGCCCUAUGUGUGUGGUGAUUGUGGGAGGUCAUUCAGUCAAAAGUGUAGCCCCAACAGUCACCAGAGAGUGCACACUGGUGCAAAGCUUUAUGAGUGUAGUGAAUGUGGGAAAUCAUGUGGGUCCAGUCACCAUCUCCUUAACCAUAAGAGAAUUCACGCUGGAGAAAAGCCAUAUCGGCGUAGUGAUUGUGGGAAGUCAUUCAGUCAAAAUUGUAACCUCAAGAGUCACCAGAGAACUCAAACUGGGAAAGGGGCGGUGGGCCGCAAUGCCACUGUGUGAGGACAUGGUGAUGUGGCUGAGCCUGGAGGGUUCAGCAAACCCAGGCAUGUUUUGUGUCUAAAGGCGACAGCAAGAGGCAAGGUUGUGCGUGAGGAGUUUUACUUUCAUUCUCAGGAAGCCGGGGUCAUUGUUUGCCAUGAUCAGUAGAUGGACAUUGUGUGAGGCAGGGUUCUGACGUUUUCCCAAUACUGUCCAGAGGAA